UUCAAGCUCCCCCGCGGGCGCGCGCGGCCCCGGGGCCGCGGUGAUGGCGGCGGCGGGAGAGCGGGAGCGGGGCCGGGGCCGGGGCCGGGAGCGGGGCCGCUGGCACUGACACCGGCGCUGCCCCCCGCCGCCGCAGCAUGUACGCCAAGGGCAAGGGCUCCGGCGUGCCCUCGGACGGCCAGGCCCGCGAGAAGCUGGCGCUCUAUGUCUACGAGUACCUGCUGCACGUGGGGGCCCAGAAAUCGGCCCAGACCUUCCUGUCGGAGAUCCGAUGGGAGAAGAACAUCACACUGGGUGAGCCCCCCGGGUUCCUGCACUCCUGGUGGUGUGAUUUUUGGACUUUUUUCUCUCCCUCCCCCCAACCCCAGAACUCCCCCAGUAACUUGGGGGCCCUGAGCAACCCCCCCGGGACCCCCCGGGACGACACGGAGCUGAGCAGCAAUUUCUUAAACCCCUUCCAAAGUGACAGUUACUCGCCCAGCAUGACAAUGAGUGUGUGAACCCAGCGGAGCCGCCUGAGGAAACACCCCCCCCCCCCCCAAACAACAACAGGAGACAGAUUAAUGAGCAUUCAUCAUAAUUAAGAACACCCCCCCCCCCCCCCCACCCCGCCAACCCACCCCCCCCCCAGGGGGGAAAAAAGAAAAGCACUAAACAGGACAAAAAACACCAAAAAAAACCCAACAAGAAAAGUGUAGAAAUAAGUCCUGAGACUUAGUGACUCUUUCCUGCCCCCCCCAACAACAACAGGGGCAGAGACCCCCCCCAGAGAUGGGGACCCCCCCUCCACCGGCUUAUCCCCCCCCACUGGGGUUGGGGGGGGUGGAGGAAGGGGGGGGGGGGCCUGGAACAUUUUGGGGGGAGGGGUCUUUGGGGGGUGUUUGGGCCCCCCCUGGGGUGGUACCAGCCCCCCCACGCUAAGCAAGGGGAGGGGGAUUUAUUAUUUGGGGGGGUGGGGGUGGUAUAUUUUUUGGGGGGGGGGUUGUCGUGGUGCUGGGCACGCCCCCCCCCCUCCCCAGCAUGAUGUUAAUUGCAAUUAGUUGUAAUGCUAAUGAGGAGUGGGAUUAAGACCCCCCCCCCCUCCCCAAUUUCAUGGUGGGGGGAGCCCAUAGAGCCCCCCCCCUCCCCAUCCCUGCCAAAGCCCUGGUUGGGGGGGGAGCUGUGUGUGUGUAGCUGAUUGGGGGGGGGGGGGGAGGGGCAGCCCCCCCAAGGGGCACCCCAGGCUGGGGAGGGGGCUUUGGGUGGGGGGGGGACACACCCACUCCCUCCCCCUUUCCCCCAAUUCAUACCCAAUCAUGUCAUGGUGCUGCCCCCCCCCCCCCCCCCCCCCCCAAGUGCUCCAUAGGGCAGAGCCCAGUGCAGAGAGCAGU